AAAGACUUUCCACACGUAUAAAUCAAAAAAGGGCCACAGAGAUUUGCACAAAUGGCAAAUGAACAGAAGCGUAAUUUGGCAGUGAAUGCAGAACAAGGGAUUGAAAACAUUGUCAUGUUUGGGCGUACAGGGAACGGGAAAAGCGCCACCGGGAACAGCAUCGUCGGAAACCGUGUGUUCGAUUCCAAAGCAAAAGCCGCAGGAGUUACAAGGACAUGCGAGUCAUUCAUAGUUGAGACACCAGAAGGCCCGAAAGUCAACGUGAUAGACACUCCAGGUCUACUUGAUCUGACGGAGUCGGCUGACUACAUAAGUAAAGAAAUUGUUAACUGCCUACAUAAAGCGACAGGUGGUCUGCAUGCUGUACUCUUAGUCUUAACGGUGAGGAAUAGAAUGACAAAAGAGGAAGAGGUGGUACUUAGUACCUUGGAGGUCCUUUUUGGGAAUAAAAUUGUUGAUUAUCUUAUCGUUGUUUUCACCGGCGGGGAUUUAUUAGAAGAUGAUGAUGAGAAAAUUGAGGACUAUUUGGAAGGUUGCCCCGACUUCCUGAAGAGACUUCUUGAAGCGUGUGAGCAAAGACUUGUUGUGUUCAAUAACAAAACCAAGGAAGAUGAUAAAAAGAAAAAUCAAGUCCAAGAGCUUCUCCAUCUUAUUGAUAUGGUCAGAAAGCAUACGAAUAACAAACCGUAUACGGAGGCCAUGUACCUAGAGAUAAAGAAAGAGACCGAAAGACACAUGAAAGAACAAGAGGAGCUUGAAAAACAGAACCAUUCAGAUGAAAAGUUCGAAGAACUGACUAAGGAGUUAGAGCUCAUGAAUGCACAGAACCUCAAGGCAAUGUCAGAGAUGAUGGCAAAUACUAUUAGAAUGGUUACGGAAGCUCAGGAGAAGCUCGCUGAGCAAAGAGAGAAGUUGGCGGAAGAUAGGCAUGAAAAGGAGGAGAAGAGACAUCAAGCGGAAAUGAUGGAAGCGUUAAGUAGGAUGCGCGAAGAAACUCGUAGGGAAAUGGAAGAACAAAUGGCGAGGGGUCAAGGUGGUUGCAACAUUCUCUGAUCAAUCACUGUCAUUGCCGACACUUUGUGUUUCCAAGACAGAGUAUAUCUUUUAUAUUCCUAAUUUGUGGUUUUUGCUUGAUCCACGUGUCUGUUGUUCUUUUGCUUCUGUUUCAAUUUCAUUUCCUAAAAUUUGAUUAGGCCUCUAUGCGUUGCUUAAUCUCAAUCUCUGUUUGGUUUGCUGGUAUGUGUUUUUGUAAAGCCAUACUUUAUUUUAUUUGAUUU